CCCCGGCGCCUCCGUGUGAGCUCCAUUCAGUGGCGGGUUCCGCGGCGGGCGUAGCUCCGGCUGUUCUCGAUAGGAACAGGUCGCCGGCCGGCAUCGCUCAGCGGGCAGCAGCCGCAGGAGGACGAGGUGCAGCACAGGAGCAGGAGAUGUUCUCCCGACUGAGAGCAGCCGCCGCCCCGUGCGCGAUGGCGCGCCGCGGCAUCCACAUGAAGGAGAAGGGGAAGCCACUGAUGCUAAACCCGCGGACAAACAAGGGAAUGGCCUUUACGUUACACGAGCGGCAAAUGCUUGGGCUGCAAGGACUUCUACCUCCUAAAAUAGAGACCCAGGACAUCCAAGCCUUACGGUUCCACAAGAAUUUGGCAAAAAUGACAGACCCCUUGGAGAAGUACAUCUAUAUAAUGGGCAUCCAGGAGAGAAAUGAAAAACUGUUCUAUAGGGUGUUACAGGACGAUAUUGAACGGCUGAUGCCAAUUGUGUACACACCAACAGUAGGCCUUGCCUGCUCCCAGUACGGACACAUCUUCAGGAGGCCAAAGGGAUUAUUUAUUUCUAUCUCAGACAGAGGCCACAUAAGGUCAAUUGUGAACAACUGGCCAGAGAACGACGUUAAGGCUGUUGUCGUCACUGACGGAGAAAGAAUAUUGGGUCUGGGAGACCUAGGAGUGUAUGGGAUGGGAAUUCCAGUAGGAAAACUGUGUUUGUAUACAGCCUGUGCAGGAAUACAUCCAGACAAAUGCUUGCCUGUGUGCAUCGACGUUGGAACUGAUAACACAACGCUCUUAAAAGACCCGUUUUACAUGGGCCUGUACCAGAAGAGGGAUCGCUCGCAGGUCUACGAUGACCUGAUUGAUGAAUUUAUGGAGGCCAUUACAGACAGGUAUGGCCAGAACACGCUUAUCCAGUUUGAAGACUUUGGAAACCACAACGCUUUCCGUUUCUUAAGAAAAUACAGAGAGAAAUACUGUACCUUCAAUGACGAUAUCCAAGGGACAGCUUCAGUGGCCUUGGCAGGACUGCUGGCAGCACAGAAGGCCACUGGUAGACCACUUACAGAGCAGAAGGUGCUGUUCCUUGGGGCAGGAGAGGCUGCCCUGGGAAUUGCAAACCUCAUUGUUAUGGCUAUGGUGGAAAGUGGUGUUUCUGCCGAGGAAGCCUACGGGAGAAUAUGGAUGUUUGACAAACACGGUUUGCUGGUCCAGGGCCGAGAACAAAAGGUGGAUUCCAACCAAGAACCGUUUACACACCGGGCCCCAGAGCAGAUACCAAAGACGUUUGUAGAGGCGGUGAAUGUCCUUCGGCCUUCAGCCAUCAUCGGAGUGGCGGGGGCUGGGAGGCUCUUCUCCCACGAGGUGAUCAAAGCCAUGGCUGCCAUCAACGAGCGACCCAUCAUAUUCGCGCUGAGCAACCCCACGGUGAAGGCUGAGUGCACGGCAGAGGAGGCAUACACGUUAACAGAGGGCCGUUGCUUGUUUGCCAGUGGCAGUCCCUUUGACCUGGUGACUCUGAAGGACGGGAGGACCUUCAAGCCCGGCCAAGGAAACAACGCUUACAUUUUCCCAGGCGUGGCUCUGGCUGUGAUCCUCAGCAGUGUCCGGCACAUUAGCGACAAGGUUUUCCUAGAGGCUGCCAAGGCACUGGCGGAACAGCUGAGUGAUGAAGAACUUGCACAAGGAAGACUUUACCCUCCACUGUCCAAUAUCAGGGAAGUUUCUAUUUCUAUUGCUGUCAAGGUGAUGGAGUUCUUGUACGCCAACAACAUGGCUUUCCAUUACCCCGAGCCCGAGGACAAGAACCGCUACGUCCGCUCCAAGGUCUGGACCUACGAGUACGAGUCCUUCAUGCCGGACGUGUACGACUGGCCCGAGUCCAAGGUCCACUGAGGCACCGCCGCGUCGCACUCCUCAGGCAGUAUCUAACACUCUGCAGGGAUCCCUUUUUCAGACCAACUUAAAUCAUAAUCUGUAAUUUAUUUUCGCUCGUUUCGUUGUCUUUUCCCCCUCCCCUCCCCCUCCCCCCUUUACUCUGUUUUUUUUUUCACUCCACGUUGAUUUCUCCCCGCUCCCCCUCCCCCUUUUUCCCCCCCCUAGUUCACCUGUUAAACUGUAUGGAUGAUGGCAUCCCGCCACAGGGAUGAGGGAGCCCUCCAAAAUGAAUUUGAACGAUGACAUUGCAUUUCUAGCUCAGAGCCAGCGCCACACCGAAGAAUUCCACUAAUGAUGUUUUAGCUAAACGCGUUUGACAAUGAGCUUAUAGCUCUCCCUCAUCGCUGCCUGAUCUCCCAAACGAUUUAUUUCUGCCUUUAAUAAUCAGUCUUCUUAUUGCCCUGGCGUUGUCACGCUGUGACAUCAACAGAGAGCGCUUGUCAAAAAAAAAAAAAACAACAAAAAACACCCGGAUGCUUCAAGGUAAAUUUAACAGUCCAGUGGGGUUUGUUUGAUGUUUAAAGAUGCCCGUGUCCAGGCCUCUUGGUGGCAUUGUCUGCUCCCUUUCCUUGAGCAGCAGCGUGGUGUACACCUCUGGAAUCUGCAGCAAAGUUUUUUUGCCUUUUUUUUUUUUUUUUUGUUUUCAUCACCGCGUGCAAUCUGUUGUCAGGAGAAAAUGUGAGCUGGUUGAAAUUAUCCUUGGAAAGCCUGAAAACAAUAUUAAUGACUUCACAGCUUUUGAAAACAGAGCCUCGCUGUCACAUGGCGAAUUUUAUCAGGUGAGCGCAGGAUCUGAAGUAACAACCAGAAAUCUUUUAGAGCUUUUGCAGUGAGAUUUUUAUGCACUGGACUGCAAGGUGAGGUGCCAAAGGAUUUUUGUCUUUGUUUCUUAAAAUUUUUUCCUUCUGAAUUUUUCUCCCUUGCGUCCCCUUGUUCUCACAGAAAGGCUCGUGUAUGAUGUCUUUAUGAAAUUGCUGACUCGAAAACUCCUAAGUGGGCUCGCUCACCACUUUGAACAAACACUCCACAGGCAGCUGACGAAGCUGAAACAGCAAGUGUUGACAGGCAGCUAUUAACACACCCGUUUACGCAGGUUUGGCUGAAUGUUUCCUGUGGUCUCAGUCCGGCGUUUUCAGGUCAGUCUGAGCGCUGGACUCUAAAAGAUGCAAAGCCUGCGAGCUCUGCCUUGAUCACUCCACCUUCCUCGCUCCAUUUACAGGCUGGGUUCGUCAGAGCUCUUGUGUGAGAACAAAAACUGCAGGCUGAAUUUUUUUUUUUUUUUUCCUUGAGAUGGACGGCCCUGCACAUUUGUCACAGAUGCCGCAGUGUGCGCCGGUGUCAGGCUGUUCGUUUCAUGGGUGUGGGGCUGAAGUGCCCUCUGUUACUUUGUACGGGCAGGCAAGGACACGCUGUGAUAGCUGCAGUCUGUGGCUUCCCUGGGCCUGUUCUCUGCAACAGGAACAGCGAUAUGUCAGGAACAGAAAUAAAGAUAACGUGCUGUUCCGCGGUUUGCUGCAUCAAGGCACAAAAAAAAAAAAGGACAAGAGUAAAUAAAUAGAUAUAUGUAGCGAGGCUGUGCUUGGCAAACGUGAGGGCAGAAUCCAAAGACAUAAAGUAAAGCUUGCCCAGGAUUUAACCGUGGCAAGCACCUCUCUCAUAUCUUCAUUUAUGUGGGAAAAGGCAGUCUCCACAGAAUAGGCCCAAAAUAGAGCAGGGGAAAACAGUCUCAGCACCCCCUUUGGACGUGAUCUCUGGCACUUGCAGCCUAAUAUCCAGGUUUAAAAUUAUGUUCGUGUAUUAAAAUGCGAAGAACAGUAAACUUUGGGAAGGCUUUACCUAAGUGGGGGCAGAAGACUGAUUAUAUAAACGCAGAAAACAGUGAUGUUGGGGAAGAAACUGUGGUAUCCAACCUGUGGUAAAGGGCUGUGUGGUGGGGCUUGAAGUGCUUCCUUGCCAAGUCAGGCAAUGCACGGGGUUUGGAACUUGCACAUGUAAUAUAAAGACCAACACACACAUAAUAUGAUGUUUUUACAGAGAAUGCUUUUUUCAUCUAUUUUUGCUAUGCCUGGUUUUUAUUGUAUUUAAAUUUUUUGUGAUCUUCCCGGAGAUUAUUUAUUUAGCGUAUGAAUUGUUUUUUGCCUUCCGAAAAAUCCAGCUCUAUCUGAGGCCUGUUGUAGUGUGUCAGUGGAGUUCUGCAUCACUGGGCUCCAGUAUACUGGGAACACACACUCCCCUCCCUUCUGCCAGGAGUCUAAUUAGGCAGAUGAGUAACAAAAAUACCCAAUGCACUGAUCUCAUGUCCGGGCUGAGAAUGAUCACAGAGGCAGAGCAAUCGGUCCCUAAAGACAACUCUGUCUCAGAAAAUAAAGAUCUGCGUCCACCUCUUCAGUCUGAUUUUUUUUUUAUUUUCAGGCAAGAAGUGCAGUCACUGUCCGUAACCAGUGGGUGCUGAUAGUCCCUAGGAGAACCUGGAGCUGGGGAAAGCAGUGUUACCUGUGCACAGCAGGAGUUUUUGCCUGGGGCAGGAGUGACUGAGGUUCCCAGAGGCGGCUCUGGCCUCUGUCACGCUGAGGGAGGAUGCCUGUUCUGUGCAGUGCAGUCUUUUCCCUUCCUGGCACGGGCUCCCUGCUGUCUCUAAGCAGAUGCCAAGGGGGAUUGUUGAGAACUGGCUGGCAGUGGGGGUUUUCCCAAGUACCUGCAUCAUUUUUCUGGAAAUCCAGCAGCACAGGUGAGGGAGAAAUCAGUCCUUGGCUGACCUGGAGGCUCCUGUUAGAAAAGUGCCCAGCCCUCGUGGGGCUGUGGACUUGUCAGAGCUCAGGGGCAGAGAAGGCCUGGCUGUGUCCCCCUGAGCUGUCCCUGUCAGGGCAGAUGGGUGGUACCAGUCAGACCUUACCUGUUACUCCCGUGGGCUUUGUCUGACCAGGUUCUGUAGAUUGCAGUAGAGAGGUGAUGGAAUUUUCCCUUUAAUGUGCAGCCAUUGCUUUCUGUUGGCAACAGGCAACGUGCCAGCUCACGUUUUAAAUCCAUUUUGCCCUCCCUUUUGCCUUUUCCAGAAUUUUUUUUUUCUAAAGGUGCAUAAGUUCAUCUUCAGUUUUCUGUAUUCUUCAGAUACAAUUAAUCUCUGAAUUAAUUACAGCUGCUAAUCUUGCUGCUUAGUAAGGAGCCCAGAGUGUCUUUUUCAUAUUCAACUUAGCCUGAUUUUUUUUCUGUUUGCUGGCUUAUUUAAAAGUAUUUACUGAUCUAUAUCACACAGUGUGCAAAGGGAAACAGUGGUCACCAGGAUGCAUUUUGUGAUGCUGCAGAGUGUGAGUUAAAAGAAUGCAUCACCCAAAGGAUAACUAGUGUUCUGGCUUGUCACACAGCCCUGGUGACUUUUGCCCUCCAAAUGGUAUAAAGGACUCUUUGGGGUGUGCAGAACCCUUCUGAGAGGAUCAGGAACUCCCACCAAGGUCAGUCCUUUCCAGGAUUUGUCCUUGAAAAAUCAGCAGGAGCAGGACUGAGCCUCUUGGCAGCAACCUGUUUUGGGGAUAUUACAGACAGCUGGUGGACUGCAGCCUUUUUUCUUUUUUUUCUUUUUUUCUUUUUUUUUUAUGAAAAUGCACAUGUUUUUUUUUUUUGUUCAAAGAUGUUACAAAGGUUUGUGUGUUCCCAAAGCCUCUGCCCCCGGGCGCCAACAUGACGGGCAGGAGACGACCAUUUAAGAAACAUUGUACCCGAUAGAGUCUGAAACCCCAAACGUGGCUCGUGGCACGAGUCCUCGGUUAUGUCUGUGAGCAGUGAUGCAUCCUGAUGUGCUUGUGUUUUGUUUUCCAAGCUAAAAGCCAAGCGACACUUUACGUGCAGAGUGGUGUGUAACACCGCCGUGUCUUCUCUGUAACUGUUGUUUCCAGCACUCUGUUUUACAAAAGUGGGGAUAAAGUAACUCUCUGUCGCGCUGCUCUUGGUAGUAACUGCAGAGAUGAAUGAUACACCUUUUAGUUUCUCAUUAGGAGCCCUGUGUGUGGGAGAGUGGGGAUCACUGUUGCACAGCUCCAGCUGUGCAUUUUAGUUCAGCUGACUCUGGGCCAAAGCCAAUCCCAGCUUCUUGUUGUUCAUUUGCUCCGUGUCCUCUUGACCUCAGAGGUGCAGAUUUGAACUCCUCUGCCCGUUGGAUAAAAGUUAUCUGCAAGACUCUCAGAUCAGACUGUAAGAACACUUUGGACUCCUGUCUCAGCUGCAAGUGCUAUUCCUGAACUGGAGAAAACCACUGUUGUGUUUGGACUCUUUUUAGGAUGGUGUGUACUGCUGUCCCGUUCCAUAACAGCCAUAUGUGACAGGCAGGGACUGGUGUUAACUCUGAGUACUGGAGCAAGGAGGAAAUACUGAGCAAACCUCUAAUUGCACCCACUGGGCAGCUGAAUUUGAGCAGAGUCACUCAGCUGCUGCUGGCCAGGGGACACCUAAUUCUGUGUGGACCUGCCUUGACCGCCCUACCCGCCUGCCCAUCCCGAAGGGCAUCACCACGGCAUCAGAAACCCGCGGAUGAGCGGCGAGGAAGGUCCACCAGGACUCACCCCGGCAUCCUCCCGUGGCUGCCCGGAUCGCAGCUCCCCGUGGGGAUGGAGAUGGAGAUGGGGAUGCUCCCUCGUGGCUGCUCCGGAGGGAGAUGUGCCGACACCUGCAUCCCGGUGGCACGGGGGACCACGGCUACAGCUGGUGCAAAAGGUGUCCCCUGGCAUCGGGGUGUUCUGCUCGUGCUGCAGGAACCCCACUCAGCUCUGCGAGUACCACUGACUUUGGCUCACCCAUCCUCUGGGUGGUUCCACUCUUAACAGGGAUAAAAACACUUCUAGGACUACGCAGACAUAGUGAGGUGGCUGGUUUGGUCAGUAAAACAGCUAAAUAACCUGCAUUUGUUUCUGUCUUACACAUAUCUACCUUAUACAACUCAAUGUAAGUCUGCUGGGGCGCUUGUGAGGACAGUUCUAGCCUGAUCUGUGCGGGGUUGGCUGUGCCUGGGAGGGUCAUUGCUCAGCUGAAACUAAAACUAUGUAAAUGUGGAUUGGUUGUGGGUUUUGGUUUGGGUUUUUUUUUUUCCCUCCUUUAUAACGUUGUAACUCUAUUGAAAUGUGUGUUCCGGUCUUCUAUUUUCUUAGUAAAAUGCAUUCCCUUUGCCUAAAUCACA